AUGGCUCGGACGAAGCAGACGGCUCGGAAGUCGACGGGAGGCAAGGCGCCGAGGAAGCAGCUGGCGACCAAGGCGGCUCGCAAGUCGGCGCCGGCUACGGGAGGGGUGAAGAAGCCCCACCGCUUCAGACCCGGGACGGUGGCUCUCAGGGAGAUCCGUAAGUACCAGAAGAGCACGGAGCUGCUGAUCCGGAAGCUGCCGUUCCAGCGCCUGGUCAGGGAGAUCGCGCAGGACUUCAAAACGGACCUGCGUUUUCAGAGCACGGCGGUGUCAGCUCUCCAGGAGGCCGCGGAGGCGUACCUUGUGGGACUCUUCGAGGAUACGAAUCUCUGCGCGAUCCACGCCAAGCGCGUCACGAUCAUGCCCAAGGAUAUCCAGCUCGCCCGCCGCAUCCGCGGUGAGCGCGCUUAG